UCCUCUCCGUCCACACGUGUGUUGUGUGAGUUCCUCUGUGGCUGCACGAGCUCCGCGUCUUAAAACUCAACAUGUUCAAGAGAAAACGUGGAGGAGCCGGUCCCGCAAGUAAAAAAGCUAAGAAGGGUAAAAUAGUCGAAGGCGGCAACGAAGAGUCGAAUGUAGUCAACGAAAUCACAAUUCCUGCUCCGGUGUCGUCGGGGAGAUGGACCAACAAGGAGCGAGUCCUCAUUUUCUCCUCAAGGGGCAUCAACUACAGAACGAGACACAUGAUGCAGGAUUUAAGGACCCUGAUGCCUCAUGCAAAAGCAGAUACGAAAAUGGACCGAAAGGACAAGUUGUUUGUGGUGAAUGAGGUGUGUGAAAUAAAAAACUGCAACAAAUGCCUCUUCUUCGAGGCCAAGAAGAAGCAGGACCUGUACAUGUGGAUUGCAAACAGCCCUCAUGGACCUUCUGCAAAGUUUCUCGUUCAGAAUAUUCAUACACUGGCUGAACUCAAAAUGACAGGAAACUGCCUCAAAGGAUCCAGGCCGCUGCUGUCGUUCGAUCCGACGUUCGACAAGGAGCCUCAGUAUGCUUUACUGAAGGAGCUCUUCAUCCAGACAUUUUCCACUCCCCGCUACCAUCCUAAGAGUCAACCAUUUGUCGACCACGUCUUCACAUUCACCAUCGCAGACAAGAGGAUAUGGUUUAGAAACUACCAGAUCAUCGAGGAGGACGCCUCUCUGGUGGAGAUCGGGCCUCGCUUGGUUCUCAACCUCAUUAAGGUCUUUCAGGGGAGCUUCGGAGGGCCUACACUCUUUGAAAACCCAGAUUUCCAGUCUCCUAACAUGCACCGGCGAGAGAUCCGACUCGCAGCGGCAGCCAGAGUCCGUGAGAAGCAGAUGGUGAAGGAGAUGCAGAAAAUGAAGAGGACUGACGCGAAGCAGGAUCUGAACACUGACGUCACAGACGAGGUCUUCUUUACGCCGGCCGAGGACAAGCCUGUUCACAUCGAAACAGAAGCGCCGGAGGGAAAAGUGUCCACUAAAAACAAACGCAAAGCUUUGAAAAGGGCGAAGAAGCGGAUGGCAGAGGGAGGCGGAUACACAAGACGAUGAGUGGAUGACUUAAUGCUGCAAUGACUCAGUACAGUCUCAAGAAAGAGAAUGUGGUGAUUCACAGUGCAGUCAUGUGCAUAUCAAAUAUUAUGAGACUUCAUCACUGAAGAAUCACAUAUUUGACAGUCCUGGAAAAGAUCUUUAAUAAUGCACGUGUUCAGCGUUUGUUACCAUAUUAUGAUUUCGUACAAUACAUAUUUUGCUCGCUUAUCAAUCACAAGAAGAUUGUGCAGAUUGUAGUUGGUUACAAAAGUCUCCCAUCUUUUGCAAUACUGCCAACAUUUCCACAACAAUGAUUAAAAGAAAAUUUUCUAUCAUUGUAAAAAAAUAAUGUUUAUUGAUUUUAUCUACAGUUGUUUUCUGUGUACUAGAAAUAAAACGUUUUCAAACUUA